AGAAUAAGGUGUACAUUACAAAAUGGUCAUAAGACAAGAGACACAAAAACAAAAGGAACACUGACAAGGUAAAAGUUAAGCAAUGACUUGGAAUCGCUAGUGUGCAGGAAUGAUUGGAUUAAGCCAGUUAUUGUAUAUUUUCCAACUAGUCUGUACAGGUAUGUCUAUACUUCCGAAUCCUACCAAUGUUCGGUUUGAAUCCAAAAAUUUUUAUCACAUACUAACGUGGAAGCCAGGAAUAGGUACACCAGCAGAUGCUUAUUACACAGUGGCGUGGGCAGGAUUGAAUAACAGUUACAACCAAUGGCAUACACCCAAGGAGUGCAUAAAUGUUUCAGUCACAGCAUGUGAUCUGACUACUGCAUUCAGUGAUCACUACAAUGAGUAUUUCUUGCAUUUUGCAAAGGUUCAGGCAUUAACAAAAACCUGCACAUCAAAUUGGAGUUACUCUGAAGCAUUUGAACCACGUACUGACACACAACUUGGACCACCUGUUGUCAACAUUUCAAGCUCUGGAAGACAUAUAAUUCUUCAUCUUUAUCAACCAAAAUGUCCCGUAGCAUCACUGUCAAGUAUAUAUAAAAGCCUUUGUUAUACUGCUAACCUGUCAAAAGCAGAUGAAAUGGAAGAUAUUGCAGUCUUGCAGAAUAGUACAGCUAAUGGAAAUGCCACCAUAGUAUUUGAAAAUCUACACCCAAACACCAACUACUGCAUCUCAGCAAACAUUACUUCGGUUAUAAACUUCAAUCCCUAUGCUAUACCUUCAAAACUUCAGUGUCUUGUUUUACCUGCUGCCAAAUCUCCAGAAUUUAUAAUACCAGUAAUUAUAGCUAGCUGUUUGAUAUCGCUCUCAGUACUUCUCCUGUUGACAUUACUGCAUAUUGGAGGUUUUGUGUGUAACCAUACACGCUUGCCAAAAGUGCUAGCUAAGGUUAUAGAUGUCGAUUUGGAGAAAGACUCGCUGUGUUAUAUGUCAUACAGUUAUUCUGUAGACGGCAUUUCUCUUCUGAUUGCACAACAAGAAGAUGGAAUGGAUAAAGAAACACCGAGUAUUGAUUGCCAAAGUGUUGCAGACAUUGAAGGUGAUGGCUAUGAACAGCGUGCUGUCCUUUCAUCUGUCAGCCAUCCAAGAAAUACUUACAAGAAUAUGUGUCAUACGUCAUCAGAAAGUGGUAUAAGUAGCCUACCCAUAAACAAAAGUGAUGAUGUUACUAGUGAAGUACCGUUGUCUGUAACUGAAAAUGUGAAAAAGGACAUUGCAGAAGCAGAACAAGAAGAAACAUCUGAUAUGCUAGAUGUUCACACAGGCUGUGAAAUGAACACCUGUUUAGACAAUGGUAUUGUUUUAGUAGAGGACAGUGGCAGUUCAGGAAUUGAUCUAAGCUCUGUGAUGUUAGCAGACAGUAGUUUUUCCUGCAAAGAGUCUUUACCUGAAGUAGAUGAUGUUGAUGAGAACUGUGACAUUUUAAGCAGUGAACUUGAGAGAUCAGUUGGAGCAGUCGUGGAACACCUCUUCAAAUCAUCUCAUAAACAGUAUCAAGAUUUCCACAGCCUUAUUGUUGAAGAUUCUAAUUCUGAUGAGGAUGCUGGUAAUGGAUAUAUGCACAGGUGAAACCCUUCCCAAAAAACAUGGAUGAUUUCUUCAUUCGUUACCAAGCCCUCAACAAGGUGUAAUUUAAGACUUGUGAGGUGCAGAGCCUAAAACAAUGGCCAGUACAAGAAGAUGAUUACAGAAAAGCUGUGUUUUUGCAUCAUAAAAUGCAGAUUGCAUCUGGGGAGGGGGGGAUAAUCUCAUCUUUCAGCAGUUUUAUCCACAGGAAUCUGAUUUUGAAACCGAUAUGUGAUGGCACAAAGCUAAUUAACUUUUUCUAAUUUUGUUUUAUGUGUGCACACCACUCAGAGAAUGUGCAUUGUGGCCUGGUGUCAGGAUGCCCCAUGCAUUCACAAAUCCUGAUAUUCUGUCUUUUACAACUUCCAGGUGGUGCUGUUUUCUUGGGAGUUUUUUAUCAUUAUCAGUGAAAGCAUAGCCGUCCUUUUCUUUUAAAGUAGACUGCCAGUUAUGUACAUUUGUUCUUCCUGAAAGAAGUUUAUCUGUAGUAGUCAAGUGGUACCCUGUAAGAUACGAUGUCAGCAUUGUCGUCGUAAUAUGUUUGGAAGUAAAUUGCUAAAAGCCA